AUGGCGAUCUGUACUUAUAACGCACGUACGCUUGCAUCGGAAGCGGCCAUCGAAGAUCUGAUGAUGCAAGCCAAGAAGAUCAAGUACGACGUCAUCGGACUGACCGAGACGAGACGACGUCACCCUCUCAACGCCGUAUAUGAAACUGGAGAAGAACUGUUCUUAGGAACAUGCGACAGUAGAGGUGUUGGUGGAGUUGGCGUCCUCGUCAACACGAGUAUGGCAAAGAACAUCGACUCUUUUGAACAACUUACGACCCGAAUCGGACGUCUGCGGAUGAGAAGAUGUGGCCCAAUACCAGCUUUGACUAUCUUCGUCGUUUACGCUCCAACAUCAAGCUACGAAGAAGAAGAAGUCGAAGCUUUCUAUAUGGACCUGGAGAAGUUCUACCAAGAAGAUCAUGCCUUCUACAAGGUCAUAGUUGGCGAUUUCAACGCUAAGGUUGGCCCAAGAAGAACGCCGGAGGAACUUCACAUCGGGACCCACGGCCUACAAUGGAAUGACCAGGGAGAGAGGCUCUCCGAGUUCAUCAUGACGACUAAGACCAUCCAUGGGAACUCGCAAUUUCAGAAGCCCUCUUCUUUACGCUGGACGUGGGAGUCACCCGGUGGAGGGUACCGUAAUGAAAUAGACCACAUCAUCGUCAAUAAAAGGUUCUGCCUGACGGACGUCGGUGUUGUACCAAAGUUCUAUACGGGAUCGGACCAUCGCCUCCUCCGAGGAAGAUUUUCCUUCACAAGGAGAGCAGAGAAAGCCGCCAAGUUCAGAGAGAGAAAUCCCAGGACUACCAUCAACUGGGAUCUCUUCGCUACGCUAGUCGGCUUUUGGGAAGAUUCUGCAAUGGACAACAUCGACGAGGAAUAUGACCGGCUUGUCGAACACCUUCACGACUGCGCGAAGAAGGCUGAGAGUUUUAAACCACCAAGAGGCCGUGGAGCAGCACGAGCCGCAGGGAACCAAGAACUCACGUCCGAGCUCGCAAGGCUUUGCCGAGAGGCGAUAAAGGAAGACCUUAAAGAGAGAAGAGCAGAAGUGCUGGCUGAAGCUGCAGAGGCGGGGAAAAGCAUCCGCUAUGCCCGUCGAGACUUCGCCAGUCGCAAGACGAGGAUGACUGCUCUCCGGAACCCAAAGGGAACAGCCAUUGCAUCGAGAAGGGGGAUGGAGAAAAUCAUCUACGACUUCUACUCUGAUCUCUUCGACAGCCAUGUCCACUUGCCUCCUCACCAUCUGAGGGAAGAUGGACAAGUCAUUCCAGAGGUUCUCCCGUCCGAAAUACGACAUGCUAUCAUGUCGGUAAGAAAUCGUACGGCACCCGGUCCCGACAGAAUAAGACCAGAACACCUGAAGAGCCUUCCGCCAGUACUCAUCAACACCCUGGCGAGGCUCUUUACACGCUAUCUGUCGGAAUGCAAGGUUCCUAAACAGUGGAAGACCAGCAAGACCGUGUUGUUGUAUAAAAAGGGAGAUCCAUAUGACAUCGGCAACUAUCGCCCAAUCUGCCUACUGUCCGUCAUCUACAAGCUCUUUACAAGAGUAAUCCUUAAUAGGAUUGAAAAAGUCUUGGAUGAAGGACAGCCAUGCAAGCAAGCAGGGUUUCGAAAAGGAUUCAGCACGAUUGACCACAUCCACACUGUUUCGAAACUCAUCGAGGUAUCACGAGAGUACAAGAUGCCGCUCUGUCUCACCUUCAUCGACUUAAAGAAGGCUUUCGACUCGGUUGAGACGGAAGCGGUCGUGGAAGCCUUGGACAACCAAGGCGUCCCUACUCAAUAUAUAAGGGUACUUCGAGAGUUGUACAGUAACUUCACGACCGGAAUUUCGCCAUUCUACAAGAACAUCAUCAUUGACGUGAAGAGGGGGGUCCGACAGGGUGAUACAAUUUCACCCAAAAUAUUCACAGCCACCCUCGAGAACGCAAUGCGAAAGUUGGAAUGGGACGACAUGGGAGUGAAGGUUGAUGGUCGGCAGCUACACCAUUUGCGCUUUGCUGAUGACAUCGUACUGGUGACACCUAGCAUCAGCCAAGCGGAACGAAUGCUGACCGAAUUCGACGAAACAUGUGGAUGCAUCGGUCUUCAGCUGAAUCUACAAAAGACGAUGUUCAUGCGGAACGGAUGGGUCUCGGAUGCCCCAUUCACGCUCAACGGAACGAACAUAUCCGAAUGCACCAGCUACGUUUAUCUGGGUCGGGAACUGAACAUGAUGAACGACCUGACCCCCGAGCUGGGCAGGAGGAGACGAGCGGCUUGGGGAGCGUACAAGAGCAUCGAGGAUGUAGUGAAGAAGACCAGGAACACCCGGCUCCGUGCUCACCUCUUCAACACCACCGUACUUCCUGCUUUGACCUAUGCUUCGGAAACCUGGGCAUUUCGCAAGCAGGAAGAAAACGCGGUGAGCGUCAUUGAACGCGCAAUUGAGAGAGUGAUGCUAGGAGUAUCCCGUUUCACGCAAGUGAGGGACGGGAUUCGAAGUUCUCUCCUACGUCAGCGAUCGAAGAUUAGAGACGCCGCCGCGUUUGCCAAGGAAAGUAAAAUAAGGUGGGCCGGACACGUGAUGCGCUUUAAUGACAACCGUUGGACCAGAGCCAAAAAUAUGAUGCUCUUCGUGUCCCACGCGAAAGGAGGAACCACUGGGCUACUCUGGCACGCGAUCGGGACAAAUGGAAGAAUUACUGGCGCCCGCUCGACCAGUUCGAAGAUCAACGGGAGUCAAGGUCAAGGUGAUCAAGAAUUUUCAUUGGACAUGGAUUAUCACUUGAGUUACCACAAUGUCUGUUUGGUCAAUUCUGUUGUAUUAUAUCGAGUACACGGGGUUUUCGGUGCGGAUAUGCACACACUCUGCACAAUUUCAAGCAAUGUAACUCCAUUUCUUCUCUACACUAUACAUCUAGUAUUAAUAUUAAUUCAUGUGAAUAUUGUUAUUUGUACUCGGAAAUUUCUGAAAGGAAAAAAGGUACCAUUUCUUGAGAGAGAAACAAAAAAUAUGAAUAAUAACCCCUCCACUGAAAUAACGGAAAUUUCGGCCAGAGCGGAUGUAUGGGAUGAUUACGAUAAAACGCUUGAAAAAUUAAAAUCAAAAGAAACGAGGAAAAACACACAAAGCGAUGAGAAAGUGUCACAAUCAUCCACGGAAAGCAAAGAGAAGAAAGAAAAACCGAAACCAGUAAAAAAGGAAGUGGUGGAACCAAAAAAGGAAAUUGAUUUUUCAGAACUUUUAAAAAAUCCACCACCUGAUGUGGAUUUAAAUGAUUUCAUUGUUAAAGCAGCGAUCGCACAAACUGUUGUUAACCCAUUACUAGUGAAAAAAAUCGGUAACAUAGACGAUCAGCAAACAGAUCCAACAAAGCAAAAAGAGCAACUUAAAAAAUUAGAAGAACAAAUGAGAUCUAAAAAUGAUACAAUUGAUGAAGAAAAGGAUCCUAAGAAACCACCAUUACAAGGAGUGAAAUGGGGUGAUACAAAAUGUGUCUUGUAUGAAACAAAGGAUCAGCUAACAUUAGAGGAUGACGGAGAAGAUGCAGAUUUACCCUAA